AUGGAGCUGGAGUGCACUGGCGUGGAACCCUCUGUUCAGAGGGGGUCUAUGCUUCGGGGGCUGGUGGAGUUAACAACAUGGCGCUAUGAUCCGGGUGAUUAUGAAGUCGCUCUGGACCUACUGGGCUCCGGCAAGAUUUCUGUCAAGCCAGUGAUUAGCCACAUCACUCCGCUCGAAAGGGCACCAGAGGCAUGGGAAUGA